AUGACGAAGGGACAGGACGAUAUUGAACGCCUAGAAUACGUUCCAUCAACGAGGACAAGUGGACAAACAUCUACGAUCAGUGACAGAACACUAUUUGGGGAGCAUCACUUCAGCAAAAAUCGUUUGUGGAACAGAGUUCCCUUGGAUGACUUCUACUCUGAAGCAUUGGAGAAAUAUGGUGAAGAUGGGCUCAUUGAUCCCGCGGUGGAGAAAAAGUUGGUGAGGAAGGUUGACUGGAGCAUAUUACCCUGUUUAUCUGUUUGUUAUGCGUUCUACUACAUCGACAAGACGACGCUCUCCUAUGCUGCCAUUUUUGGAUUAAAAGAAGACCUCAAUCUUUCCGGUUCUGAAUACAGCUGGCUUUCGUCGAUCUUUUACUUCGGAUGGCUCGUUUGGGCAAUUCCUUCGAACCUCCUGAUGCAACAAUCCCCUACCGCGAAGUACCUUUCCAUCAACAUUUUCCUUUGGGGUGUAUUACUUAUGGCCCAAGCUGCAGCUCGGAAUUUCGCCGAGCUUGCUGUGCUACGUAUAUUGUCGGGGGCUUUCGAGGCUAUUGCCGAUCCUGCGUUCAUGCUUAUCACGACGAUGUUUUAUACAAGAGCGGAGCAACCAUCUCGGAUUUCCAUGUGGUAUGCUGCGAAUGGUGUUGGCGUCGCCGGUGGCGGACUGUUGGGAUAUGCUAUUGGGCAUAUAAAAGGUGCCUUACCGAGUUGGAAAUACGAGUUCCUCGUCAUCGGUGCACUAUGCUCGGCCUGGGGUGUCACCAUGUAUAUUUUCUUACCGGAUUCUCCACCGACUGCACGCGCCUUCACACGAGACGAAAGACUGAUGGCGGUGGCACGACUCCGUGGAAAUCAGACGGGUGUAGACAACAAAAAGUUCAAAAUGGAUCAGUUCAUCGAAGCUCUCACUGAUGUGAAAACGUGGUUGUUCUUUUUUCUUGGAUUCGUUGCCAACAUUCCGAACGGCGGAAUCAGUAAUUUCUCUACUCUUAUCAUCAAAGGCCUUGGAUUCAAUACUUUUGAGACCACAUUACUCGGCAUCCCUCAAGGUGCACUAGUCUGCAUCUGGAUUGGACUUGGUGCCUACCUCAACGACCGUCUUCCGAAAAACUCCCGUACUUUAGUGUGCAUGUUAUUCAUGCUCCCCACAAUCGCAGGUACAUUGGGUUUCCUGCUCGCACCCCACGAUGCCGCAGCUGGACGACUCGUUUGUUACUAUUUGACCGGCUCGUACCAAGCCUCAUUUGUCCUAUCGUUGAGCUUGAUCACCAGCAAUGUCGCCGGUCAAACUAAAAAACAAAUCACUACUGCAAUGAUCUGGUUUGGAGCUUGUAUAGGCAACAUUAGUGGCCCCUUCUUUUAUCGCGAAAAGGAUGCUCCCGGGUAUAGGCUAGGCAUCGGCAGUAUGCUUGUUUCAAACUGCAUUGAAUUCUGUAUAUUCCUUGUCCUCAGACUUUACUUCAUGAGGGAAAACCGAUCACGCAGUGUACAGACGAAGGAUACUGCUGGAGACGCAUCAAAGACAGAUGGGAAGCACAAUCUUCCGACUCCUAAUGAGACCGCGUUCUCCGAUUUGACAGACCGGCAAAAUGUGAACUUUUGUUACGUGUAUUAG